AUGUCAAUUUUAUCUUUCUUAUUUUACUUUUCAUAUGUCAUUUUCUAUAAACCUUACCUAUGUAGAAAUAUUGAAGAGAAACAUGAUGAGCAUUUAAUAAGAGAGUUCAGUUAUUCAAAGGAUGAUUUAAUAAAUAGAUGCUUACAAGUAAAUAGGGGUUUAAUAUACUAUGAAGACUUAUUAAAAAAUUAUAAAUAUGAUAGAAAUUGUUUAAAAUAUAAAUAUAUAGGUAAUUAUGUCUUGGAGAAAUAUGAAAUGAAUGAAUUUAAUUGCUACGAAAAAAUUCAAAAAGCUUUAUGUAAAUUAAAUUAUAUAAAUAAAGAAAAUAUAUUUUAUGUGAAAAACAAUACUGAAGAAAAAAAGGAACAUAAAGGAUAUGAUUUAUUAGAAAAUAAUUUGAAUAGUAAAUUUUCUAAAUGUCAUAAUAUUAAAACUUUUUUUGUACAUUUAAUAAAUAGAUGUAUUAAUUAUCAUGAGAAAGAUUCUUUAGUUCAUUGUGCUUCCUUUGAUUAUGAAAAACAUAUUAUUUUAGAUGGAGAUAUAUUUUGUAAGAGCUCAUUUGAACAAGUUCAAGUAGAACAAAAUAUUAAUAAAAAUUCCAUUUAUGGAGACAAUUAUAAAAAAAAUAUAAGAAAAACAAUUUCAUUUCAAAAUGAUGAUUUUAAUUAUUGUAUAAAUAUGGUUAAUAUAUUUAAUAACUGUUCAGUUGUUCAAAAUAAAUUAUUUAAUAAAACUGUAGAUAUAUGUUUAUUAGAAAAAAAUACACAAUAUUGUAAUAUUCAAUUGGAAAAGGUAAAGGAUCAAAAUUAUAUAUAUACUUGUUCAGAUAUUAUAUUGCCGUAUUUAUUAAGUUCUCAUAUGGAUGAAAAUAACAAAAAAACAUAUCAAUUUGAUGAUAUUGACAAAUAUAACAACAACAAAAAAAAGGAUGAAGAAAAUCAGAGUAUCACUAACAAAGAACGAUGUUAUAAUAUAUAUAAUUAUUUACAAAUACUUAAAGAUAAUAAAAAAAAAUUAUUACAAGAAAGAAAGGUUUUAGAACAAAAUUUGAAAAACAUAAAUAUUAUUAAUAAAUUGUAUAAAAUUAUAUAUAAUAUAUUAGAAAUAUUAAAAAAUGAAACUCACAAAAAUGAUAUAGAUAUAAAAGAAUUUUUUGAAAUUAUGCAAAAUAUUAAAUCAAAUAAAUUUAUUAAAAAUGAAUAUAUAAUAUUAAUACUAAAUAAAAUAAAUGAACAAAUAUUUCAAGCAUAUCAAAUAAUGGUUCAUUUCCAUUAUCCUAUAUUGAACAAGAAUACAAUAAAUGAAAAUAUUUCAUUGGUUAAUCAUAUAAAAGAAAAUGUAAAUCAUUUUAUAAUGUUAUACAAAGAUAUAGCUUCCAAUUCAAGAAUUAUAAAUCAAUAUAUUAAGAAAAACAACCAAAAUGAUAUCACAUAUAAUCAUAAUAUAAAUAUUAAUAAAAACAUUAAUCAUAUUGACAAUAUAAAUCAUACAGACAAUAAGAAAAAUUUAAAUAUUUUACACAAUAUCAACAAAAUAAAAAAUGAUUCUUAUCCAAAUAGUGCUAAUAAUAUUCUUGAGGACAAAAAUAUGAAUGAAAUUAACAUAGACCAACUACAAAAGUUUAAACAAAUAUAUCAUAAUAUAAAUAAAUUAAUUCAAAAAUAUACAAAACAAACUAACCAUUCUGUUUCACACAUCCCUGUGCUUUCAUCACAAGAUGUCAAAAGGGAUAUUGAUGAUCACAAUUCUGUAAUUGAUCUUUAUACAGAUCAAAUAUCAUUAUUAAUAAAGAAUAACAUUUUAUCAUAA